AUGGCUCCCACUACCCGGGAUCCUGAGGCUCUCGCCGUCCACCACGACUCCGAUAUCAUGGCUGAUGAUCUGGCCGAGAAGAAGAUCUCCGCCCAUGAAUCCCCCCCGGAAAAUGACCCUUUUGGCAAUGAGGAGUGUGGUGAGGUCAAGUAUCGUGUCAUGAAAUGGUGGCACUGCGGUAUAUUGAUGAUCGCGGAGAAUAUCUCCCUGGGAAUUCUGUCCCUGCCGUCGGCCGUGGCGACUCUCGGAAUUGUCCCCUCCAUCUUCCUUAUCUUAGGUCUGUCUGGCAUUUCCUGGUACACUGGCUAUGUCAUCGGCCAGUUUAAGCUGCGCUAUCCCCAAGUCCACAGCAUGGGUGAUGCGGGAGAAAUUCUCUUUGGCCGCAUUGGCCGCGAGAUUCUAUUCUUUGGCCAAUUGCUGUUCUGCAUCUUUUUGAUGUCCAGUCAUAUUCUCACUUUCACCGUGCUGUUCAACACCAUCACUGGUCACGGCACCUGCACCAUCGUCUUCGGCGUCGUCGGUUUGAUCGUCAGCUUCAUCGGUGCCUUGCCUCGCACCAUGGGCAAGGUGUAUUGGAUGUCUCUUGCGUCUUGUACCAGUAUCACCGUUGCCACGAUCGUUACCAUGGUGGCCAUCGCCGUGCAAGCACCUGAUCAUGUGCAGGUUGACAUCACCACCCAUCCUAGCUUCUCGACCGCUUUCCUAUCAGUGACCAACAUCGUCUUCGCCUUCAUUGCUCACGUGGCCUUCUUCGGAUUUGCCUCGGAAAUGGAGGAUCCUCGCGACUUCCCCAAGUCGCUGGCUAUGCUGCAGGUCACCGAUACGACCAUGUACAUCGUCACCGCCAUGGUCAUUUACCGCUACGCCGGUCCGGACGUUGCUUCCCCGGCUCUGUCCUCUGCCGGUCCGCUGAUGAGCAAGGUUGCAUACGGCAUUGCCAUUCCUACCGUGAUCAUUGCCGGAGUUGUGUUCGGUCAUGUCGCGUCCAAGUAUAUCUACGUCCGCGUCUGGCGCGGCUCUCCCCAGAUGCACACAAACAGUCUUUCGGCUGUCGGAUCCUGGGUCGCCAUUGCACUGGGCGUGUGGGUGAUUGCUUGGAUCAUUGCCGAGUCGAUUCCCGUGUUCAAUGAUUUGUUGAGUUUGAUCAGUUCUCUCUUCGGUAGUUGGUUCAGUUACGGACUCCCUGCCAUGUUCUGGUUGGUCAUGAACCGUGGACAGUAUACUGCCUCGCCCAGAAAGAUUUUCCUGACCAUUGUCAACCUCAUCAUCUUUGCCAUUGCCUGCGCUAUCUGCGGAUUGGGUCUUUACGUCUCUGGCAAGGCCAUUCACGACAGCUCCUCCUCUGCUAGUUGGACGUGCGCCAACAACGCCUCCACCUAA